AUGGCAGUUGAAGAAAUUUAUAAUUUUUAUAAUUUCAGAAUAUUUAUGACAAGAUUUGAAGAUUUUGAAGGUGAUAAUAUAUUUGAAGCCAAUAACUUACAAGCUUAUGAAGAAUUAUAUAAUCAACUUGUUGAUACAACAGAAAAAGUACUUGAAAUUCUUAAAGAUCAACAGAGCAAAAGAAAUUUAAAAUGGGCAAAAGGGAUCAAAAAUAAUUUUAAACCAUUGGAAAAAAUGCUGUCUGAAAUUACUUUAUAUAAACGAAGACAAACAAUGUUUCAGACAUUUAAAGAUCAUUCGUAUAACACAUUAUUUUUCAAUUGA